UGCAAGAUGAAAUCGGUCGUAGUUCUGGUGUUUCUGGUUGCUGUUGCUAGUGCAAAGUGGAUUGGCGAGUUGCCGACCAACAAUUAUACUUCCGAUGGACCAUCUCGGAGGAUCGUCAACGGCGAGGAGGCCACUCCCGGACAGUUCCCGUAUCAGGUCCUUAUGCUGACUGAGUUUCCCAACACUGCUAGUAAUAUUGUAAAUGGAGGAUCCGUCUUGACCGUCAACUACGUCCUGGCAGCGGCAAGCACGUUCUUCAAUGUAGGAUCCCAAGCCACCGGAGGAACCGCUGUGAUGGGUGCCAACAUUCUUGCCAAUCAAGAGCCUUCCCAGCAGCGUAUUCGUUACGAUGCUUCUGGAAUCAUUACUCAUCCGCAAUUCGUGACAAACAACAGGCGAAACAACGUUGGAGUUGCCCGGCUGAACUCACCGAUGACCUUUAACGAUCGUGUUCAACCUAUUCGACUUCCGGCACGAUCCGAUACUCGCCAGUUCGAAGGAUUCAUCGGAACCAUUGCCGGAUUUGGACGAUUCGUGGAUGAACCGGGUCCUUCCGAUGUUCUGAGGUACACUUCCAACCCGAUCAUGAUGAAUGCCUUUUGUAUGGCCAGAUUGGAUUAUGUAACUGUGCACCCUAACAACGUUUGCAUGAGUGGUGAUGGUGGUCGUUCGUCCUGCUCGAGUGACACUGGUGGUCCUCUAGUCAUCCAGGACGGAGGACCCCUACAGAUCGGAAUAUCAUCGGUUCAUGGAGAUCCAUGCUCUAUUGGCCUGCCAUCGGUGUACACGCGAGUAAUCCCGUUCCUGCCAUGGAUCGAGGCCAACACUGAUUACGUAGUCAUACCUUGA